AGCAGCAGAAGCGGCAGCCUCCCGAGCAGCAGCAGCAGGAGCAGCCUCCCAAGCAGCCGCCUUCGCUUCGCCUGCAAGAUCCUGCAAGAUGCCCCGGAGGAAGCAGCAAGCGCCCCGCCGCGCAGCAGCUUAUGUUCCGGAUGAGCUAAAGGAGGCUGCGAUGGUGGAAGAUGACCUAGAACCUGAUGAGAAUGCGGUUGACGGGGAACCUUCGGCAAAGUAUGCCUGUCCGGAGAAGGACUUUAGCAAGAACUGCCAGAGCUAUCAGAAUUCUCCAACUGCGGAGUUUUCCAGCCACGAAAUGGACAGUGAGUCACAUAUCAGUGAGACGAGUGACCGAAUGGCUGACUUUGAGAGCGGCUCCAUCAAAAAUGAGGAGGAGAGUAAAGAGGUCUCAAUACAGCUGGACGAGUCCGUUGUGUCGGACAGCCUAGAACAAAUGAAAGCUGUCUAUAACAACUUCCUCUCCAACUCAUACUGGUCCAAUCUGAACUUGAAUCUCCACCAGCCGACCUCCGAAAAGACCAAUGGGAGCAGCAGCAGCAGCAGUAGCAGCAGUAGCAGCUGUGGGAGCGGCAGUUUUGACUGGCACCAGACGGCCAUGGCGAAAACGCUGCAGCAAGUUUCGCAGAACAGAAUCCUUCCCGAGCCCAGCCUUUUUAGCACAGUUCAAUUGUACAGACAAAGCAGUAAGCUUUAUGGCUCUAUAUUUACUGGAGCCAGUAAAUUCCGCUGUAAAGACUGCAGUGCUGCCUACGAUACUUUAGUAGAAUUAACAGUGCACAUGAAUGAAACAGGACAUUAUCGGGAUGACAACCAUGAAACUGAUAACAAUAACCCUAAAAGAUGGUCCAAGCCCCGUAAACGUUCUCUGCUUGAAAUGGAAGGGAAGGAAGAUGCCCAGAAAGUAUUAAAGUGUAUGUACUGCGGGCAUUCGUUUGAAUCACUUCAAGACUUGAGCGUACAUAUGAUCAAAACAAAACAUUACCAAAAAGUGCCUCUGAAGGAACCUGUAACCCCUGUAGCAGCAAAAAUUAUGCCAGCUACUAGAAAGAAAACCUCACUGGAGCUAGAGCUUCCGAGUUCUCCAGACUCCACCGGUGGGACGCCCAAAGCAACUAUCUCCGAUGCCAACGAUGCGCUUCAAAAGAAUUCCAACCCGUACAUUACGCCGAAUAAUCGUUAUGGACACCAAAAUGGUGCCAGCUAUGCUUGGCAUUUUGAAGCAAGGAAAUCUCAGAUUCUCAAGUGCAUGGAAUGUGGGAGUUCUCAUGAUACUUUGCAGGAACUAACUGCCCAUAUGAUGGUGACCGGACAUUUUAUUAAAGUCACCAACUCUGCCAUGAAGAAAGGGAAGCCCAUCAUAGAAGCCCCAGUCACCCCAACCAUCACCGCUUUGCUUGAUGAGAAAGUGCAGUCGGUGCCUCUUGCAGCCACAACGUUCACGUCUCCUUCCAAUACUCCAUCUAGCAUUUCCCCCAAGCUAAACAUGGAAAUCAAGAAGGAAGUUGAUAAGGAGAAAAUAACUGUGGAUGAGAAGAUGAAUAACAAGGAAAAACUGGGUGAUGAGGAAGAAAAAUAUGACAUCUCUUCCAAAUAUCAUUAUUUGACUGAAAAUGACCUGGAGGAGAGUCCAAAAGGGGGGCUUGAUAUUUUAAAGUCUUUAGAAAAUACAGUUACAUCCGCUAUCAACAAAGCCCAGAACGGCACGCCAAGUUGGGGUGGCUAUCCCAGUAUUCAUGCUGCUUAUCAGCUUCCGAAUAUGAUGAAGCUGUCCUUAGGUUCAUCAGGGAAAAGUACUCCCUUAAAACCUAUGUAUGGAAAUGCUGAGAUGGUUUCUCCAACCAAAAGCCAGCCACUCAUUUCACCCCCAAGCAGCCAAACAUCCCCUGUGCCCAAAACCAACUUCCAUGCCAUGGAAGAGCUGGUUAAGAAAGUCACUGAGAAGGUGGCCAAAGUGGAAGAAAAAAUGAAGGAGCCUGAAGGAGGGAAGCUUUCCCCAAUGAAGAGAGCGACGCCUUCGCCAUGCAGCAGUGAAGUUAGUGAACCCCUCAAGAUGGACACCUCGAAUGACCUUGGGUUCAAGAGCCAAGAGAAUAGCCCACUUUCUCAGAGAGAGAACUGCAAGGAAAGCCCAAACGGGGAACCAAUGGAAAAUGGCAAGGAUCUGGUCAAGGCUAUCCCAAGUACUUUGAGUAGCAGCACAGCUAUUAUAACGGACCACCCUCCAGAACAGCCAUUUGUAAAUCCAUUAAGUGCAUUACAGUCUGUCAUGAAUAUUCACCUUGGGAAGGCAGCGAAGCCCUCUCUGCCUGCCCUAGACCCAAUGAGCAUGCUUUUUAAAAUGAGCAACAGCUUAGCAGAAAAGGCGGCUGUGGCCACCCCACCUUUGCAGUCCAAAAAGCCAGACCACUUAGACCGUUAUUUUUAUCAUGUCAACAAUGACCAGCCCAUAGAUUUGACGAAAGGCAAGAGUGACAAAAGCUGCUCUUUGGGUUCAGUGCUUUUGUCAUCCACAUCGGCAUCUUCGGCAUCUUCUUCAUCUACAGUGACAACAGCAAAGACAUCUGCGGUUGUGUCAUUCAUGUCAAACUCGCCGCUACGCGAGAAUGCCUUGUCAGAUAUCUCUGAUAUGCUGAAGAACCUGACAGAAAGUCACACAUCAAAAUCUUCCACACCUUCCAGUAUCUCUGAGAAGUCUGACAUUGACGGUGUGACAAUUGAGGAGCCAGAAGAGACGACCCCGGCUCAGAAAAGGAAGGGGCGCCAGUCCAACUGGAACCCUCAACACUUACUCAUUCUGCAGGCCCAGUUUGCGGCCAGUUUACGACAGACGUCGGAAGGGAAAUAUAUCAUGUCGGACUUGAGCCCACAAGAGAGAAUGCACAUUUCUAGAUUUACGGGGCUCUCGAUGACCACCAUUAGUCACUGGUUGGCCAAUGUGAAAUACCAGCUUCGAAGGACAGGGGGGACAAAAUUCCUUAAAAAUUUGGACACUGGGCACCCGGUGUUCUUUUGUAAUGACUGUGCUUCACAAAUUCGAACUCCUUCGACGUAUAUCAGUCACCUUGAAUCACACCUGGGUUUCCGGCUACGGGACUUGUCUAAACUAUCUAGUGAACAGUUAAACAAUCAGAUAGCACAAACAAAGUCGCCCUCUGAAAAACUGUUGGCGCCUUCGCCAGAGGAAGAAAUAGGGACCUCAUACCAAUGUAAACUUUGCAACAGGACUUUUGCAAGCAAGCAUGCUGUGAAGCUCCAUCUCAGUAAAACACAUGGGAAAUCUCCAGAAGAUCAUCUUCUGUACGUUUGUGAAUUAGAAAAGCAGUAGCGUUUACUUUUGGACACACAAAAGACAACAGCGACAACUGUACGUGGCUUUGAGGAAAACUGUCAGAACCUGCCUUAAAGCUACCUUUUUUUUUCUUCUGUUCUUGGCACAUAAAUCUAGUUUUAACUCUGGGGUGUCACUCUGGCCUAAAUGACUUUUCUCCCUCUUUCUCUCCUCAUUUUGUAAAACUGUACAGUGUUUAAUAGAGGUGCAUAAUCAGCUGUUGUUACUGGUAAAAUAUAAAGGUUAAAACGCUGUGGUAAGUGUUUGGAACUUUGUGUAAAUUGGGGUUUUAGUUGCUGUGCAUCGCUCCGAUGCCUCAAGCUGCAUGCAUUAACAAAACCAUUUAAUUAAGCAUUUAUUAAUGAAUUCUGGUGCACUUUUUUCAUGGUGACUCAAGUGUGCUGGUACUUCUCACCCUGUAAAUCUUUAGCCCUCUGAGUACUUUGAAGCACUUUUGAAUCAAUUUGGUUUUCUUUCCUUUUUUGAAAAUGUGGACAUGUUUUCCUUUUUCAAACAUAAAUUUCUUCCAUUGAUGAACAUUUCUAGGCAACUCUAAGAAUGGGCUCAAACAAAUAGUGUAACCAGCUGGUGCAAUCGGUUGUUUGGUUUUCUUCAUCGUGCUUUGAAGGAGUAUUCACAAUGGUUCCCUCAAUAAUGUUGUGAAGGAAAUAUCACAUAGGGGAUUGAGACAGAUGUCUAUUGUAUGGGUUUCCCUUUGUGUGUUGCAUACAGUGGCCACCAGCUUGACAUCACUUGAGCAGUGGCCUGGUGGGACCUCCAGUUGCAUCCCAAAACAUUCAUUUUUCAGGGACCUGAUGCCUUGUUUCAGAUCUUCCAGCCUCUAUGUCCAUUAAUUCCUAGGGCUGACAUGGACCCUAAAGCUACACUGCCAUAUACAGUAGAGUCUCACUUAUCCAAGCUAAACGGGCCAGCAGAAGCUUGGAUAAGCGAAUAUCUUGGAUAAUAAGGAGGGAUUAAGGAAAAGCCUAUUAAACAUCAAAUUAGGUUAUGAUUUUACAAAUUAAGCACCAACAAAUUUGACAGAAAAAGCAGUUCAAUACACAGUAAUGUUAUGUUGUAAUUACUGUAUUUACGAAUUCAGCACCAAAAUAUCAUGAUAUAUUGAAAACAUUGACUACAAAAAUGGCUUGGAUUAUCCAGAGGCUUGGAUAAGUGAGGCUUGGAUAAGUGAGACUCUACUGUAUUCCAAAUUAUUAAAGCAGAUAAUCCACAUUAUCUUCUUUAAAGUAGAUUAUACGAGUAUACACUGCCAUAUAAUCCAGUUUAAAGAAGAUAAUCUGGAUUUUAUAUGGCAGCAUAAGGGCCCUUCCAGACAGGCCCUAUAUCCCAGUAUCUGAUCCCAGGUUUUCUGCUUUAAACUGGAUUAUAUGAGUCGGCACUGCCAGAUGAUCUCGAAUAAACAGAAAACCUGGGAUUAGAUCCUGGGAUAUAGAUCAUGUCUGGAAGGGCCCCAAGACCUCACUAUUUGGCUUUCUGGUCUAUCUGUUUGGAAAACCCAUAAGGAAAGUAACUUGACUUAAAUACUAUAGUUAGUCCUACUCAGGGAGACCCAGGCUGGAUCUACACUGCCAUGUAAUCCAGAUUAUCAAAGCAGAUAAUCCACAUUAUCUCUUUGAACUGGAUUAUAUGAGUCUUCAUUGUCAUAUAAUCCAUUUCAAAGCAGAUAAUCUGGGUUUUAUAUGGCACUUUAGAUCCAUCUCCAUUAAAUUAAUGGGAUUUGCCUGAGUACUGAGGUCCAUUCUAUACUGCCCUAUAUUCCAGGAUCUUCUCAUCUCAGAUUAUCUGGCAGUGGAGACUCAUAUAAUCCAGUUUAAAGCAGAUAAUCGGGGAUCAGAUCCUGGUAUAUAGGGCAGUGUAGAAGGACCUGACUCCUCAUUCAUCGGUGGAUUCCUGGAGUUACGACUAACCAAUAGGAUUCCAGCCAAUUGUCUUUCCGGAGGACAUAUUCUGUGUAUCUGGACGGUGUUUUCUGGAUAUGCCUCUGUUGGAGUUCACUCAUGUACUUCCAUGUCCGUAGAGGUGGCACCCAUCUUGAAUAUUUGAAGUAUAUUAUUUUCACAUUGAAACAUAAGAUGUGUAUAUUGUAUAGAUUUUAAAAUCCUCUAAUGGGAAAAAUGUGUGAUUGUGGACAAUGCCAUUUCUCCUCCUUCUCCCCCUCUUCUCCAACAUUUUUAUCAAUGCUGUAUUUUGUACCUAAUUCUUUUCUCAAGUAUAAGCGGUACCUAUAAAUAUAUAAAUAUAUAAAUAUAUAUAUAUAAAAUAAUAAUGUAUAUUUCUUUUCUAGGUGAAGGGUUUUUUUUUCUCCUUUAAAAUCCGAACAAUGUAAAUUAUAUGAAAGAGACAACAGAUAGCAUUUAUAAAGUAUUCAGAAACAUUAUUCUUGAAGCAAAGUAUGGUGGGGUUUUUUUUCCUUUUUGUUUCGCUAUACAGUACAUCUAUAUUGACAGAGGUUCAUGUUUAAAUUAUACAUAUUUAUUGGUCAUUUGCUACCUUUUUUAAAAGAAAAAAAGAACAAAAAAGCAUUCUGUUAACCGAAGCCACGGACUGGCGUGCAUUCGAUCUAUUUUGCACAACAGGAAUUUUAAAGGUAUUUAUUAGUAAAACGAAUUUUGAAAUUAAAUUCAAAAGCGGAAAUUCAAAAUCAACUCAGUGCUCAAAGGGUUAAAUCUAUUUGGGGUGGGGGGGAGGAGAAUUGUACUGUAUUUCCUAAACAAUGACAAAAAAGAAAGCCUUUAAAAUGUUUGUACUGUAAUACUUUGCUUAAAAGUUAUGAGGCAUUCUGUGAUACGACCUCCUCUACUUAUUUAUAAGCGCUCUUGGUUGUUAUUUCAUAUCGUAGAAUGCCCUCACUCUCUCUCUCUCUUUCUCUCUCUUUCUCCCCUUUUCAGUUGGUAACUUUCUGUUUUGUUCUUCCUAAUUAUUCUCCCAAGAUUUCAUACUGCAGUUUUAUCUUUAAGCAUAUGAAAGGUAACCCGUGGUUACCAGCGCACUAAGUGAUUCUGUUCGUCUCCAUUUUUGGCAGUUAAUUUGCAGAAGUAACUGACAGCUGACACCAUAUGAGAAUCUAUGUGUACAAUAUUGGCAUGUAAACAGCACAGACCCAGAAUCGCACAUUCUGUGCCCCUGUUCUGUUGUUGACAAUGUGGCACCAUUAUAUGACUCUUCAUAUAACCUUUUUUUUUCUACAGCUGCAUUAAAAUUGUCUUUUUUGCUAUAA